AUGAAGUUUGAGAGCAUCUUGGAGGAAAUCAACGGUUUUGGGCCUUUCCAAUUCGCCAUCAUCGCCUUGCUCUGCACCCCUCGAAUAGUUCUGCCCUGUCACUUCUUGCUGAAUAACUUCAUCGCAGCAGUGCCUCCUCACCACUGUGACAUCAGCACCCUUGAUGAAGGAGGACUCUUCAGAAAUUCAGGAAUAACUCAGGAGCAAAGAUUGACCGUCAGCGUUCCCACACGAGAAAAUGGGGAUCCGAAAUCCUGUGAGAUGUUUGCAGAGCCUCAGUUUCAACUCUUAUCCAACAGCUCUAACAGCAGCGACCUGCAGACUGUUCAAUGUCAGAGCGGAUGGGUUUAUGACAACUCCACCUUCACCUCCACCGUGGCAACAGAGUGGGACCUGGUCUGUGACAGAAAAAGCCUGACCAAAACCACAAGCACUAUCUUCUUUUUCGGAGUUAUGCUGGGCGCUGUAGCUUUUGGCUUUCUCUGUGAUAAGUAUGGGAGGAAAAAAACUCUCUUGGCCUCGUAUAUCAUGUCGAUGUUUUUUGGCUUCUCCAGCGCUUUUGCAAACCACUACCCCCUCUUUGCAGUGCUGAGAUUUCUCACUGGAUUCGGGCUGACAGGAAUCACCAUCAACUCAAUAGUUCUCAGCAUUGAGUGGGUCGACGUAAGUCAUAGGUCAUUUAUUGGCGUGAUUGGCAGCCUGGCCUGGUCUGUGGGUAACAUGCUGUUGGCCGGGUUUGCCUACCUAGUGAACGACUGGCGAUCACUGAUCAUGACUGUUACAGCCCCGCUGGGGUUUGCAAUAUUAACCUGGUGGUGGAUUCCUGAAUCUGCUCGUUGGCUUUUAGCUAAUGGUAAAAUGGAAGAGGCCCAGUAUUACCUGGAUAGAUGUGCUAAGAUCAACAAGAGAAAGAAUUUCAAUUCAUCCAAAUUUAAAAUAGAGACUCUCGCCAACAUACAAGUCCUGGAAAAGCAGGACAGAAACUACUCUUACCUUGAUCUAAUUAAGACCCCGAAGAUGAGGCAGUUAUCACUAAUGAUGGCGAUUGUGUGGUACGGAGUCGCCUCGACAUAUUAUGGCAUCAGUCUGAAUAUCAGCGGAUUUGGUUUGAACAUGUACCUCACACACUUCAUCUAUGCUGCCAUUGAAGUUCCUGCCAAGCUGAUGGUCUAUUUUUUACUCAACAUCAUUGGUCGGAGGAAGUGCCAAGCCGGCACGCUGUUGCUGACGGGAACCUGUAUCAUAAUAAACAUCUUUGUUCCAAAAGAUCUGUGGCAUUUGCGUGCUGCUGUGGCCAUUCUUGGAAAAGGCCUCUCAGAAGCUUCCGUCACGACUAUCUUUCUCUACACGACUGAGCUUUAUCCCACAGUUGUCAGACAAAAUGGUCUGGGCUACAGCAGCUGCAUUAGUCGUCUGGGGGUGUCGAUUGCUCCGCUCAUCCUGCUGCUGGAGGACGUAUGGACUGUUCUUCCUCAGAUCAUCAUCUGCGCUAUGGCCAUCAUAUCUGGCCUGGUGUCUCUCCUGCUUCCUGAAACCCUGAAUGUGAGGCUACCAGAGACCAUUGAUGACAUAGAAAAGCCAAGCAGGAAAGACGUCUCCUCUCACUCCGUGGAGUCUUCAGGAGUUUUCCUGGAGUCAAAGAACACAGCAGACACUUAG